AGUUUGAAAAGCUUUGGUUUCAAAAUAAUCAUAGGAUGAUGACCAAGGAUGAUCUCCAGAACAUGAAAAAGGAGCUAAAAUAACCUGACUCUUGACCCUAAAAGGCGUCUUAAACUAGAGGAUAUGAUCGAAAUCAUACUCUGAACUCACUUGACAGUCCUGCAACAAGUAAGCGAUGGGUGGUAUUCGUACUUCAAAAGGAAAUAUGACCAGACAAGAAAUACUUUUGAAAAAGCCAUUCAAGAUCUUCACAACCAAACUAAAAUAAAUAAAAAUCCUACAAAGAAGAAAAAGAGAUUUCUAUAUAAUUAAGGAGAUAAGUAAGGUAAUAGAAGAUCAUGCAAAUAUGUGUAAAGUUCAAGUGAACCCAAGUUACUCCACUCGCAGCCAGAAGGAAACAAAAGAGGAAUCAACACAGUGCACACUAACAAGCAGGAGAAACAAAAAAAUUUGUUGUGAACUGAACCAGAUGGCUUAUGUAAAUUUGGACUUAAAGCACAAGGAAUCUCAUGAAGAACAUAAGUUCAAUACAAACCAUUGGUCUUCGGUUCUCUAUGAGAGCAGAAACCAAAUGGAAAGUAUCAACCAGGAUUCUAGGUUAUUAAGCAGUGUAGGAGAUCCUCCUCCCUUGAUGGUGACAAGAGCUAUUGGGCCAAAUGGAGAUAUACAAAGUUCGAGAGACCAUAAAGGAAAUAAUAAUAUCGCCAAUCUUAGAAUGACUUUAGAGGUUGAGAGAUUAAACAAGAACUUAGCAAUGAUGCAACAAAUGAACGAGCAACUUCAGAUGAAGCUUACUUCAAGGGAUCAAUGUAAGGACAAAGGAGUCCAGUGCAUGAUCCAUCUAAAGAAGAAGUCUGAACAAGUUGGAGGGGAUUGUCCUUACGCUCAAGAUUCUCCUCCAAAACAAUGUAACAAUGACAUGUACAAAUCUAUAAGAAGAUCAAGGAAAACUCGCAGUGAAUUUACAAAAUACCGAGAUACCAGAUCAUCAUUACUCCGAAUGAACCACUCAUAUGAAAGGAUGAACGAGAUGAGAAGACUGCAUUACUCAUCGUUCUUUUCUCCAAUGAAAACAUCCGAGAUUUCGAAGCGGCUGAAGAUGCUUCUGCACUCAGUCUAGUGAGUCAUGAAAUAAUAUAUUUGCAUUGCUUUCAA